GCUCUACGAGGGUGUCUGCUCCAAGGUCUGGUCGGCCCCUCGUCCGCCGGGUCUCCUGACCCACCAGUCGCCCAGUGGGUCGUCUGUUGUGUUUACUGGAGGAUGAGCAAGACAGCAUGAUAUGACAGCUCGUUCUGAUGAUUCAUAUGGACCCAUCAUUAUCCAUGCUCAGUUAUAAUAAAAACACCACUAUCUUGGUAACGGUAGUGAGCAGGCAGGCCGCGGUGGUUCAGAGCUGUCGGUGUACAGCUGUAAAGGUGGAGGCGAUUGUUCAGAUUUAGCAAGGUCUCUUAUCAGCGCUGGUGUCGGUCUGGUUUACAGGUCUGAUAGCAGCCAGUGUAGGACAGCGAUGGUUGCUAUCUGCUGCUUUAUGUUGUUAACUGUGAUAUGAUCUUAGUUCGCUGCCGGUCUUAGACGCCCGAUUAAAUGUAAAUAUGUUCGAACAAGACAUCUGUCCUCACCUGGAUUCAAUAGGAGAGAUAACAAAGGCCGAACUUCUUCAGAGAUCCCAGGGAACCUGCCAAUCAUGUGGAGCAGUAGGGCCAAACCUAUGGGCCUGUCUACAGAGCGACUGUCCGUACGUGGGAUGCGGGGAAUCCUACUGUGAUCACAGCACUCUACAUGCACAGGCCAAGAAGCACAACCUGACGGUCAACCUGACGACCUUCAGGGUGUGGUGCUAUGUCUGUGAGAGGGAGGUGUUUCUGGAGCAGAGGCCUGCCACGGGGCCUGCUGUACCGCAGCACUGUCGAUCCACAGAGCAGGUUGCAGCACCUCAUUCAGCAUGUCAGCAUUCGUUUAAAGCAGUGCCCAUCGCUGUGGCCGAAGACGAUGGCUCAGAGUCAGAAGAGGAUGAGCACAAACCCAGAGGAUUAACUGGAAUGAAAAAUAUAGGAAACUCCUGCUAUAUGAACGCUGCUCUUCAAGCAUUAUCCAACUGUCCUCCUCUCACGCAGUUCUUCCUGGACUGUAGCGGGCUCGUCCGAACCGACAAGAAGCCGGCUCUUUGUAAGAGCUACUACAAACUUAUCUCUGAACUCUGGCAUAAGAAACGACCCAGUUAUGUUGUCCCUACCAGUUUGUCCCAUGGCAUCAAACUGGUCAACCCAAUGUUCCGUGGUUAUGCCCAGCAGGACACCCAGGAGUUCCUGCGCUGCCUGAUGGACCAGCUCCACGAGGAGCUGAAGGAGCCUCUGUCCGAGAGCUGCGGGGCCCCCGACGAGGGCGGCGACGACCCCAGCGACCACAGGGACCCUGGCGGCGCCGAGCGGCCCCCGUCGGAGGACGAGUUCCUGUCCUGCGACUCGGGCUCCAGCAGCGACCGCGGCGAGGGUGGGAGCCCGGGGGCCCCGGAUGACCCCGCGGGGGGGCGGGCCCCGGCGGCGGGCGGGCCCAUCUCGGUGAAGGAGCGGCUGAAGGAGAGGAGGGUCUCCGGGGCCCCGCUGCGGGGGGGCUCCCAGGAGAUGGACGAGGACGCCGACGUGGACACGGCGGCGGAGCUGCGCCGGGGGGCCCUCGGGGCAGAGGCCCCCGAGGCGGGGCCCGGCGCCCAGGAGCCGGGGCCUUUGGGGACGGCCGAGGUCCCGAGCCAGGAGGACAAGCCGCCUGAGGGCAGCGCGGGGCAGACACACAGCAGCAGCACGGCAGCAGGCCGUCUCCCAGAGCCAAACAACGAGGCGUUGAUACCACAGAACCCGUCCCACCCCAGCAGCCCUGCACGCACCCUGCAGGACCUGCACCCCAAGGCGUCCUGUAGCCCCCCCUGCUCCAGCCCCCUCCACUCGGCCUACUCCUUCAAGAAAGCCCAGCUGCUGUUCGGGGGGAGGAAGAGGAAACAGUCCCGGUACCGCAGCGUCAUCUCCGACAUCUUCGACGGCUCCAUCCUCAGUCUGGUCCAGUGUCUGACGUGUGACAGGGUUUCAACAACGGUGGAAACAUUUCAGGACCUCUCCCUCCCCAUCCCGGGCAAAGAGGACCUGGCCAAGCUGCACUCCUCCAUCCACCAGAACCUCCCGGCCAAGCCCCAGGCCCUGUUCUCAGACGGCCCCCAGGGCUGGAUCCCCUUCAUCAUGGACUCCAUACGCAGGUUGGUGGUGUCCUGUACCCCCACCUGGUUCUGGGGGCCCCUGGUCACCCUGGAGGACUGCCUUGCAGCAUUCUUUGCUGCUGAUGAACUGAAAGGAGACAACAUGUACAGCUGUGAGCGAUGUAAAAAGUUGCGGAAUGGUGUGAAAUAUUGUAAAGUGCUUAGCCUACCAGAGAUCCUGUGCGUCCACCUGAAGCGCUUUCGACACGAGGUCAUGUAUUCCUUCAAGAUAGGCAGCCAUGUGGCCUUCCCCUUGGAGGGGCUGGACCUGCGCCCCUUCCUGGCCAAGGACAGCCCCUCCCAGAUCACCACCUACGACCUGCUGUCCGUCAUCUGUCACCAUGGCACCGCAGGAAGUGGACACUACAUAGCGUACUGUCAGAACGUGAUCAACGGCCAGUGGUACGAGUUUGACGACCAGUACGUGACGGAGGUCCAUGAGACAGUGGUGCAGAGCGCCGAGGCCUACGUGCUGUUCUACAGAAAGAGCAGUGAGGAGUCUCUACGGGAGAGGCAGAGGGUGGUGGCCCUGGCCAACAUGGAGGAGCCCAGCCUGCUGCACUUCUACAUCUCCAGGGAGUGGCUGAACAAGUUCAACACCUUCACCGAGCCGGGCCCUAUCAGCAACCACACCUUCCUCUGUCAGCACGGGGGAAUCCCGCCUCAUAAGUACCAGUACAUUGACGACCUGGUAGUGAUGCUUCCCGAGAACGUGUGGGAGUACCUGUACAACAGCUUCGGAGGCGGCCCGGCCGUGAACCACCUCUACAUGUGUGCCAUCUGCCAGGUGGAGAUAGAAGCUCUGGCCAAACGCCGCAAAGUGGAAGUGGAGACGUUCAUCAAGCUCAACAAGGAGUUCCAGGCGGAGGAGGCACCCAGCGGGAUCCUGUGCAUCAGCAUGCAGUGGUUCAGAGAGUGGGAGAGCUUUGUGAAGGGCAAAGAUAACGAGCCUCCCGGCCCCAUCGACAACAGUAAGAUCGGCCUCAUGAAGGGAGGACACGUACAGCUCAAACAAGGUGCGGACUAUGGGCAGAUCUCUGAGGAGACCUGGCUGUACCUGUUGGGGCUCUAUGGCGGGGGGCCGGAGAUCGCCGUGAGGCAGACGGUGGCCCCCGUGGGUCAGGACAUGCAGCAGCGGGAGAGGAAGAUCGAGGCGGAGACCAGAUCUCUUUAAGGUAUGCUCUCUUCUCCUGGCCCUCACGCGGAGCUGACACAUCUGCACCCUGGCACAAAGCCAUGUCAGUGAGCACUUUGAAGUAUAGCGCCAAUCGUUGUAUUGUCCCAAGAAGGCAGAACAAGAUACUGAAUGUCUUAUAUUGGAGUUAAGAAAGUGUGCAAUGUCAUUUCUCAUUUGACAAAUGUGAAAUAGCUAUGGUAGCUGUGGUGUUUGGGAGGCAGGAUAAUGUUCACUAGCCAUCAGUCGAUGACUUCUAGGUCACACUCAUGGUGUCAGAUGAUACGACACAGUAUGCAACAUAAGCAUAGUACUUGUAACUUUGUUAGUUUACAUUAACUCAAUCAUUUAACCACCAUUAUCGACAAACCUCUGACCCCCAUGGACUGAAGGCCCCAGAGGGCAAGGUUGAACAUUAAAAAGGACCUUAAUAGGUCAAUGUUGGA